GCCCAGAAGGCCCUGCAGGGACCUGGCCCCGCGCAUUGGAUUUGAGUCGGUACGCGCCGUCCAUCCCCAGCAUGAGCGCCCCCGCUGCGACCCCCAUCUUCGCCCCGGGAGAGAACUGCAACCCCGCGUGGCAGGCGGCACCCGCGGCUUACGACGCGGCGGACACGCACCUGCGCAUCCUGGGCAAGCCGGUGAUGGAGCGCUGGGAGACCCCCUACAUGCACGCGCUGGCGGCGGCCGCAGCCUCCAGAGGCGGCCGGGUCCUGGAGGUGGGCUUUGGCAUGGCCAUUGCAGCCUCAAAGGUGCAGGAGGCUCCCAUCGAGGAGCACUGGAUCAUAGAGUGCAACGAUGGUGUCUUCCAGCGCCUCAAGGACUGGGCCCAACAACAACCACACAAGGUUGUCCCCUUGAAAGGCCUGUGGGAGGAGGUGGCACCCACUCUGCCAGACAGUCACUUUGAUGGGAUCCUGUAUGACACGUACCCACUGUCGGAGGAGACCUGGCACACGCACCAGUUCAGCUUCAUUAAGAACCAUGCCUUUCGUCUGCUCAAGCCUGGGGGCAUCCUCACCUACUGCAAUCUUACCUCCUGGGGGGAGCUGAUGAAGUCCAAAUACUCGAAUAUCACCACUAUGUUUCAGGAGACACAGGUGCCUGCACUGCUAGAUGCAGGGUUCCAGAGGGAGAACAUCCACACAGAGGUGAUGGUGCUGGUACCACCAGCUGACUGCCGCUACUAUGCCUUUCCGGAGAUGAUCACACCCCUAGUCACCAAGCACUGAGCCCAGCCUAGCAUGGGGCCUCUGGACUUCUGGACAACACCUUGCUGCCACUACUCAGUGCCUUGGUGGCUAGUGCCCAGGCCCUGGCCUCUCCUAGUCUCCACGGUGCUAUUGGCAGCUUUGAGCUUCUCUGCAGUGGGAGUACUGCUACCUCCCCUUGCAGCUCCUCAAGGGUAAAAUAAACGCUAACACAGA